CAGCGGCGGUGGGAACGGCCCAGCACGAUGCGGUUCCCACGGCUCCUGCUGUGCCUGGCCGUGUGGGUGCUGUGCGGCUCUGCCAAGCCCACGGAGCGCAAGGAGCGCGUGGUGCGGGAGGCCCCGCUCAGUGCCCGUGAGCACGACGAUGCCCAGAGCUUUGACUACGACCACGACGCCUUCCUUGGCGCCGACGAGGCCAAGAGCUUCGACCAGCUCACCCCGGAGGAGAGCAAGGAGCGCCUGGGGAAGAUUGUAGGGAAGAUAGAUGAAGAUGGAGACGGGUUCGUGACAGUGGAGGAGCUCAAGGCCUGGAUCAAGUUUGCCCAGAAGCGCUGGAUUUAUGAGGAUGUGGAGCGCCAGUGGAAGGGCCAUGACCUCAAUGAGGAUGGGCUGGUUUCCUGGGAGGAGUAUAAAAAUGCCACCUAUGGGUAUAUCUUGGACGAUCCAGACCCCGACGAUGGCUUCAACUACAAACAGAUGAUGGUGCGGGAUGAGCGGCGCUUCAAGAUGGCUGACAAGGACGGGGACCUGGCGGCCACCAAGGAGGAGUUCACGGCCUUCCUGCACCCUGAGGAGUACGACUACAUGAAGGACAUAGUUGUGCAGGAAACCAUGGAGGACAUUGACAAGAACGGCGACGGUUUCAUUGACCUGGAAGAGUACAUUGGUGACAUGUACAGCCAGGAUGGUGAUGCUGAUGAGCCCGAGUGGGUGAAGACAGAGCGGGAACAGUUUGUGGAAUUCCGGGACAAGAACCGGGAUGGGAAGAUGGACAAGGAGGAGACCAAGGAUUGGAUCCUGCCCUCGGACUACGAUCAUGCUGAGGCUGAGGCCCGGCACCUCGUCUAUGAGUCCGACCAGGACAAGGAUGGGAAGCUGACGCGGGAGGAGAUCGUGGACAAGUCAGACCUGUUUGUGGGCAGCCAGGCCACGGACUUCGGGGAGGCGUUGGUGCGGCAUGACGAGUUCUAGCCCUGCUGGUUAGUUCUAGCCUCGACACCUGCUCGUGGGCUCUGUCCCUCCCCGAGGCUGCUCCUGCCAUGGAGAAACCCCACGCCGGCUCCCGGGGACGGGGCUCGGGAAAGCCACACUCCCCCUGCACCUGGGGCUCGUCUCGUCGUGGGUUUCCCCCGGAU